AUGCAUCAGUUUGACUCUGAUCAUACAAAAAUCAUUUUGAUCGAGAACUCUGACGUCAAGAAAUGUACGAAAAUUUCGCAAUUUUUGAAUUAAAAUUUGUUUCUAACUAAUUAACAUACUCAUAUUGAACGUUGAAAAUGCGCAUUUCUUCUAUACGCCACAAAAGUUUUUUUUUGUCCCCCUCAAAUAAGGAAAAGUACAAGCACAUGUGGGUGGUGCUUAUGUAAAUACAAAGAGGAGCACACAUGAGAGAGAGAGAGAAAGAGAGAGAAAAAGAACGAAUAUUAUGUGAUAACGGGCCGAAAACGAGAAAAAAGAGUGUCUGUUUCAGUGGUGUUGAUCGUCGAGAGAGGAUUAAAAAGUGUGAAACGGAGAGGAUACGGGCCUCGUCACGACAACUUUUUAGUAAAUUGUGAUGAUCUCGAAAGCCAGCGGAUCUUGGGCCCAAAAUACUUUAAUCCGAAAGUUGAAGAAGUCUGCAAAGUUUUUAUCUCUAUCAAAAGUCAAAUGUGAAAUAAAGAUUCACACGUGGCACUCUAUUCCACAAAGAUAUGAAUCUUUGACACGACAACAAGUUUCACAAUAAACGCUUACUUUUCAGUUCAAACUUUUGACAGGAUUCGAUCGUCCAAACAAAAGACAUCGGAAGGUGGUGAGUGCAACAGAUCGACUCGAGAACGACGCGCGCGCGAGCAUUUUCCAGAAAAAAAUGAAUCCGAACGAGCAGAGCAAGUACCUCAUGGACCAGUAUGGAGACGCGCUCGGCGAGCAGCUCAAGCCCAACGCGUCGCAAUACGUGCUCGCCGAGCUCAACCGGAACUCGUCGUCGCAAAAGGCGCAAAUCAUGCAGAAGACGGACUCGGAGUACGUGCUCCGUGACCUGCGCAACCAGGCCGCCGAGGAGCAGCACGUCUCGAGAGAUGCUCCGCACCGCCCGUUCCUCAUCGGCACGCCCGUCAACGCCAAGGCGAUUCGGUAGGCUCGGGCUCGUCAAUUGGUGAACUAAUUGACUGAAUUUGUAAGUAUUCAGUGCUCAAAUCGAAAGCCUCGACAGUGCGAUUGUGGUGCCGCAGAUCAUCGACGGCAAAGUGUACUUCACGACUCACGGGGACGCGGACGCUCGCACGGCAGUCGAGGGAAGCGCUUCGAAUCCGAACCUCAACGAGGGAUCCACCACCGGGCCACCGUCCAAGGGGAUCGAUCUUCACAAGGUCAAGUUCACGUUCGGCCAACUCAUCAAACUGCUCGGGCCGGCGACAUGUCAGCGUCUGGAGCGCGAGUUUGCCAAACAGAAUCGGCUGUCGGAGGCGGAGCUCUCUCACCUCCGCACCGCCCGCGAAUCCGUGUCGGAGCUCGCGCUGGCCACCGGACGAUCCUCGGGAACGGUGCGGACUGCGCAGAGUGUGGAGCCGAAUCUGCUGAGCACGCGCACGGCGAACUCGGUCGAACCGAACUUGUUGAGCGUGUACUCGGCGCGCAGUCCUGGCGUUUUCACGAAGAAGGAGGGGAUUCUGACGGCGCAGGAGCCGGAGCCGAAUCUGCUGAGCACGCGCACUGCGAAUUCGCUGGAGCCGAAUCUGCUGAGCGUCUACUCUGCGAAAGAGCUGACCGUCCAGUCGCCGGGCGUGCUCACUGCUCAGAGCCGCGAGCCGAACCUCCUCUCGGUCCGUACCGCUCGCUCCAGCCGCUCGGCCAACUCGUUGUUUGGCGGCGAAUCGACGGACGUGACGACGUGCCUCGAGAUUGAGUCGCCGAGCACUGGGGUCCACACGGCGCACGGCUUUGCGACGCCGUCUGGCAGCGCCGUCGAGAUUCGCUCGUCGCAAGAUGUCCGCACCGCCAUCGAGAUGCUGUCGGAUCUGAGCAGAUCUUCGCAAGACGUCACGACGGCUCUGGAGAUUCAGGAGUACGUCAUGUCAACCAUUUGGGAACCCGGCUAAAGAUGGUUUUUGCAGUGAGAAGGGUCAACAAAUGACCAUCUAG